UUGUUUCUUCUUCUUCUACAGGAAAUCAAAAUGAAGACAUGGAGAUAACAUUUUUUGAUCUGGAUCAUUGUUACACUUUCACAUUUUUAAUGGAUUUCAGACUGAGACGCAGUUUUUAAGGAUAUAAGAGCACACGUAUCGUUACAGGGACAUAGAAGUUUGGACUGAGCUUCCUCAGCCAAUGGCUACAACAGAAACCAAAGUUGCCUGCAGCAGCAGUGUUGCGGGUCUGUCGUGGGCUCGGGUAUGUAAAGAGUGUGGCCAGCAGCAUGACGGCCUGGAGAGCCACCUGUACGAGUACCAGGACGAUGUGGAUGAUGAACUAGUUUGCCACAUUUGUCUGCAGCCCCUCCUCAGACCUAUGGACACCCCUUGUGGCCACACAUACUGCUUUCACUGUCUGAGUAACUUCUUAAAAGAGCAGGACUUCUGCCCUGUGGACCGCCAGCGGCUGCAGUUACAUCAGUGCCGUCCCUCCAGCCUGCUGGUCAGGAACCUGCUGGACAAGCUGACUGUGAUGUGCCCCCACUCUGCAGAAUGUCAACAACAGAUGCAGCGCUGUGAGCUGCAGCCUCACCUGCACAACAGAUGUCCUGUUUUUAGAAGACUGAGGGAGGAGGCAGAAAAGAGGAAGAGGCCCUCGUGGAAUGAGUUAAAGGGGCGUAAGGGUGAGGGGGAGUCGUCUGGAGAAGCCAAACAUUCAGUAACACAGUCCAGAAAUCCCACCAGAGAUCAGCCUGAGCCUGGUCUGAUUAAUCCUGCUUAUGAAGAAAGUGAAGAAGACAACACCCCCCUGCGGUCCAGUCUGGUAGCCGAGGCCAAUGUGGUGGAGCUGUUCAGAGAGGAGCCGGAGGAGGAGCUGGGCCUCCGCAUCGUGGGGGGGAAAGACACACCGCUGGGUAACAUCGUCAUCCAGGAGAUUGUCAGGGACUCGCUAGCAGCUCGUGAUGGCAGACUGGCCCCAGGGGAUCAUAUCUUAGAGGUGAAUGAUGUCAGUCUGGCUUCAGUCCCUCACGCCCGGGCCAUGGCGGUACUGCGGCAGCCUUCCCUCCUCCGGCUCACUGUCAUGCAGGAGAAAGGUUUCAAAUCAAGAGAUCCGCGGCCUGAUCAUCACCCUUCCUCUUCCACUGCCUCCCUGCCCACUCACAGUCCCCAUGGCAACACAACCUCUAAUCACAACCCUGGCACAGUCCUGCAGGUGACGCUAAUGAAGAGUCAGCGCACUGAGCCGCUCGGCAUCAAACUCAUUCGCAAAUCAGAUGAGAGUGGGGUUUUCAUCCUGGAUCUGCUGUCUGGUGGUCUAGCAGCCAAAGAUGGAAAACUGAGGAACAACGACAAAGUGUUAGCCAUCAAUGGACACGACCUGAGGCAUGGUACACCCGAAAGUGCUGCCCAGAUCAUACAGGCGAGUGAGGUGCGUGUAAACUUUGUGGUAAUGAGACCUGCGGAGUCUCAGGAGGAAGGAGGAAGCAGCAGGGAGGGAAAUGGCAGAACAGCCAGGAGGCCUGAGCCACAGUACUUCAAGCGCCAGUCCACCUACAUGAAGGAUCCUCCAGGUGGGUUUUCAAGCCAAGAGAAAACUGUGAGCCUGAAGAAAGAGCCUCGGCUUUCACUGGGCAUCACCAUAGCUGGGGGGAGGGACUGUCGCAGCCGCUUGCCCGUUUACAUCACAAGCGUGCAACCAGUCGGCUGUCUGCACCGGGACGGCACUAUCAAAAAAGGUGACAUUCUGCUGAGCAUAAAUGGUGUGGAUCUGACCCAGCUGACCUACAACGAGGCCGUGUCAGUGCUGAAGGCUCAGACAGCUCAGUCCCAGGUGGUGCUCCGUGUCAUUCAGACACUCUCUGAGGAAUCAGAGGAGGACAUCGAGUUUGCCAACAAGGACGAACUAGACCCUCUGGAAGACCCACGGGACGACGCCCUCAACUGGACGCCGCUGUGGACUCGCUGGCUGGGAUUACCAAGUCACAUGCACUGGUGCCGGGACAUAGUCCUGCAGAAGACAAACAACGAGAGCUGGGGCUUCAGCAUCGUUGGCGGCUAUGAGGAGAGCCACAGCCAGCAGCCUUUCUUCAUCAAAACCAUUGUGCCUGGUACACCUGCUAACUUUGAUGGACGCCUGAAGUGUGGUGAUGAGAUAGUAGCCGUGAACGGAGCUACAACAGUAGGAAUGAACAACUCGUCUCUCAUCCCGAUGCUCAAGCUGCAGAAGAAUAAAGUCACACUCACUGUGGUGUCCUGGCCUGGCAGUCUGGUGUAGCGAAACACAAAGGAGUCUACUCACUCUCCCCUUUUUCUAUCACAUAAACACACACAAACAACCUUUUCUGACUCACUGUCCCCUACACGGCAUAUGUUUGUAGUUAAGAGCCACGAUGGAUUGGAUCUUCUGUGGAUAAUCGUAGCAGGUACCUGUUUGUUUCAGCGUCGUCUCACACACUGAACAGCAGGUGACUGCACAACUUGAUGAACAAUUCAAUCAGGGGCAAAAAUGACAAUCAAUAAAAGAUAUCCUUAGGAGGAACUGGAAGGAUAUAUUUUUUAUGGAACACCUUUAUGAUCCUUUUGUUUAUACCAGUGUUUUGCCUUCAUGUCAAAUAGUCCUGUUAUCAUUUGGUAUUGUGGCUUGAUUCAAGUGAUUCACUCUCUCACUGUAAACGGCUUCCAUAGAUGAACUGUAGCGCUUACAGUAGCUGUGAUGAAGAAACAUAGAUGGGUGCAUUUCAAAGUACGGCUGUGUAGACUGAUUCCAACAACAGAAAAAAAUCAUCCUGUCCUGCAACUUUUGUCCCCUCUCGACCGAUUUCAUCAAAUUUAUUGACAUUACACCUUUAGAACUUUCAACAGAACGAUACAGCUUUGAUGGAAAUACAGAAAUCUUUAGUGAAGGUGUUUUUGUUUUUCAGCUACAGCCGUGUUGUAAAAGGAGGAAUUUUGUUAUGACACGAAGGUUAUCAAAAAAGCCAAAGUGAAGACCUACCGUAAACUUUAAUCGAGGUGUGUGAGGUUCAGUUGUAUCCAAGCCAUGAAAGUAAUCAGUUAAAUUCUACAUACUCAUUCACUUCAAAGACAUUUUAACAUAUUUGCUUUGGUAGGACACAGCUUCAGUGUUAGUUUUCUUUCCUGUUAGCUUUUAUUAAAGGCAAACACUGCUGCAGGAAAGCAAGCUUGGACAUCGAAAUGUUUCAAACUGAGCUGGAAUAAAGAAGUCAAUAAUUGCAAUGCAUUCAAAUUUUAAAUCUUUCGAGCAGCUUUAGAUUUUUUUUAAUCACCACAACCUUUGAACCAGUGAUCUGUAUUUAUUUCUAAUGACAUAGUGAGUCAUAAAUAAAGACUACUUUAGGCAGGAGCCCUGUAGAUAUUGAAGGACAAACCAGAACGUACACUUGUCUUAUAUUACCACUGUACCAACAUGUUUCCCCUUUUUGUUUCCCCUCAUGACAUGCUGUUAAUAGUUCAAAGGAGAACAGCCUUUAUCUGAUUCAUUUGUGUUAACUCAUUCUCUUCUGUUAACACAUUCCCAGUGGCCUUUCUUAUAUCAUAAUAGAUACAAGAUUUAUUGGAAUAUAUACAGAAAGUAAAUAGUACAUGUAUAAGCUGUCCACUGAUUCAUUAUGUACAAUAAAAUCAUAUAACAGAU